AUGGAGGGGUCCCCCCGGGGCGACGGCUCCGGCGACCGGCUGUGCAGCGCCGCCGCCCGCGGGGACCGCGAGGAGGUGCGGAAGCUCCUGGACGCGGGCGCGGAUCCCAACGGGACCAACUCCUUCGGGAGGACCCCGCUCCAGGUGAUGAUGCUGGGCAGCCCGCGGGUGGCCGAGCUGCUGCUGCAGCGCGGAGCCGACCCCAACCGCCCCGACCCGCGCACCGGCUGCCUCCCGGCGCACGACGCGGCCCGCGCCGGCUUCCUGGAGACGCUGGCGGCGCUGCACCGCGCCGGGGCGCGCCUCGACCUGCCCGACGGCCGCGGCCGCCUCCCCCUCGACGUGGCGGCGGGGGGCCCGCACGGACCGGUGGGCCGCUACCUGCGCCACCCGCCGCCCCUCCCCGCCGACGCCCCGGGAGCCGGGCCGGCCGCGGAGGGGGCUGCGCGCUGA